CCUGAAAGAUCAAGACAAACGUAAACAAACAGCUAUUUGUUGUGUACAACUCUUCGUCCGCUACUACUCGAUGGCAGUUUAGCAAAGGUCAAUUAUGAUUCAACCGAGUUCUUUAUUGCUUUGAAUACACACACUAAAUUUCCGUUUUCGAAGGCUUUAGCUCACCAGAUGGGUGCCUCAGAUAACCUCAACAGCACACAAAAUCUAGUCCAUCCGGAAUGGGAAACCAUCGACCCGACGCCGGAUAUCCACGGUCUGUUUCCGAUGUUCGAUCGAAAAUUCUUCCAGGGGAAGCUCGUUUGCGUCCAGCUGGAGUGGAGCAAGAAGAUGUAUAGUUGCGCCGGGAUUUGCUACCAGCGCUCGAAUGCGAUGGGUAAAAGCUGCAUCAUUCGGCUGAGUGAGCCACUGCUGAAGUUGCGGUCGCGCAAGGAUCUGGUCGAGACGCUGCUGCAUGAAAUGAUCCACGCGUACUGCUUCGUGCUGGGCAUCCGAGAGGGGAACGGAGGCCACGGACCACAUUUCAAGAAGAUAAUGCAUGGGAUUAAUAAGAUUGCCGGGACGAACAUAACGGUUUACCACACGUUCCAUGAUGAGGUCAAUCUAUAUAAAACGCACUGGUGGAAAUGUAACGGUGUGUGCCGAAAUAGAGGACCAUAUUAUGGAAUGGUGAAAAGGACUUCCAAUCGAAAACCCGGUCCAUACGAUAUGUGGUGGACGGAGCAUCAAAGAAGUUGCGGGGGAGAAUUUAUUAAAGUCAAAGAACCGGAACCAAAGAGGAAGAAGGUCGCAAACAAAGAAAAUAACCCUGAGUUGGGCGGUUCCCAGGGGAAGAAAACGAAAAACGUGGCAACAGUUCCAGGGAAUAAUCGAAUAUUCAAUUAUUUCAAUGGCAGCACUCCCAAUUCAGGUGGCUCUCAAAAUUACAAUGGCAAGAAAAAGCCCUAUUCGGGAACCAUGGCUAACAUCGGUGGUGGAACGGUUGUUGUUCGGAAGCCACCCAUCACAAAAACUGUCAAGAAACCUCAGACAGAGGUGGAAAAGCCGAUUGGUGUCGUCAAAAAACCAACUCCAGUCGUUCCGCCUGGGAGCAAUCUUAAGAACGUGAAACAAUUUAAGGACCUUGCCGAUAGUGAUUCGGAUUCUAGUCCCGUGAAGAAUCCUGCGGUUCCACUCUUUCUCGGGACUGGACAUACUUUGGGCGGAUCCUCGGGAGGUCCAAGUCGUGUGGGACAAAUUGGCAAUGCCCGAAAUAGUCGUCUGUUGGCUCAGUUCUCCCCGCAGCAAAAGAAACCCCGAAUCGAAACAAAGCAGGAAACUAUCGAUCUUUCGGAUGACACGGAUUACAUCUUCGAGGAGAUUGACGUGGAAAAGAUCAAACAGGAACGACAGGACGCGAUCAAGAAGGAGAUUCUCGAUUCUUUCGCGGAUGACGAUAUGGAGGACAUAAUACUGAUUGAUGACGAAUACGACGAUGAUGCCGAUAAUGUUGGGCAGUUGGCCAAUCUUGAUGACUCCCUCACGGACACAUCGGUGAUCGAUGAGCUGUUUAGCGAAAACGAUGCGCUAAUCGAGGAAUUCAACCAAACCAACGCCCGGGUGAAAGUCGAACGGGAAGAGGACGAAAUCGUCUCCUGUCCGAUGUGUUUGAAGAAGAUAAAACGCUCGGAGGUUGGCGCUCAUCUCGAGCGAUGUUACAGCGCGCUGCUUGGAGACGAUGACUCUGAGGUGCAAGAAGUGAAACCAAAAGUGGCAUUCGAUCCGGAUUUACCGUCCACAUCCAGAGCUGGGGUGACGAAGACGAGCCAAACGACGAAAGCGAGCCAAAGCAAGGAAUCGGAACGGGAGGCGCAGAAGAAAAUCCUGCGAGAAUGCGGUUAUAGCGAUGAGGACAUCGCCAAUGCGCUGGCCAACAUGACGGAUGACGAGGAGGAGGAGGCCGAUGGGCAGCAGAACAACAAACAGAUAAAGGCAAACGAAUCGAUUGAAAGUCGUUUGCUGAACGAUGUGGAUGAAAUUGAUCUGACCACGAUUGGGGAGCAGUGUGAAUGUCCUGUUUGUGGGCGGAAGGUUCCCUUCGAACAGAUUAAUCAACACUUGGAUGGUUGUUUGGGGGCGUAAUGUUGCUUUGGUGUGUAUCUGCGAACAAUGUUUUUAUUUUGUUUUGUAAUAUUCAUUAAUAAAACGUUAAUUGAUGGCUUUAUUAUUCAGAGCGGAUUUGA